AUGAAACAGAGUUUAUUGUCCAGAAUACAGCAAGGUAUCCAUUUGCCACACAACAGCGUACCACGCCAGCAUAGUCCCUACGCACCUACAGCCAAAAAUCUCACCGUGAAUGCAAUAAUCGCAUAUUUGUACGGAUAUGGAGCAUUCGCUAUGUACAAAGAUUACAGUAGGACAAAAUCCAGUGCGAUGCGGCUACCUAGGAACCCCGAAGCCUCUCUGCCUUCGACGUUUGAGGGCAGGAAGGAAAGCGUUCAUGAUAAGCCUAACCGCGUAUUCAACUCCGAUGAGAUGAAGGAAGCCCAAAUUUCGACACCGAUGAGAGUCUUGAAAUCAUUGACGUACGGUGAUAUUUCUGAAAUUUCAGUUGCAUGGGGGGUUUUAAUUCAACUAUGCAAUACAGCGCAUGCCACAUAUGGAGUCAAGUCGUGGAUUUUCAGAUCAAGCGUAUUGGGAGUUCUUGGGUUCCCUCCUUUGGCUUACUAUUGGUUUAGAUCGACUUUAUUUGAGAAAGAAAGCGCCGGUGUGAUUAUCAACUGA